AAACUUCAAAAUGUUUUGUCGAAUUACUGCAACACGAGCCAUCGUAUAUAUAAGAAAAUGAAGCAGAACAUAAACACGGAAAUUUUAACCUCCUCAAAAAAUAACAAAUGCCCACAAAUCCAUCCCUCUAACUGCAUUUUCGCCAACUUUUCUCACUCGCGAAUUUUCCCAGCUGAGUUGAAAGGGACAUGGCGACGAUGUAGUUUAGGGAAGCAAGAAUCAUUAACUCGCGCCGGGAUUAUUUAGCUUUAAUUAAGACUCAUCCAGGCUCCAUUUUUUAAGAUAAAGUCGAGCAGCGGAAGUUGAUGAGUUCACCAGAAGAGAGCCCAGAGACGAGUGGGGCCGGGGGAGGCACCAGGAGUAAUAGUCUUGGGCAUGAAGAAGUGCAAAGUGGUGAGGCAGAGCAGGACGGGAGGCAGUGGCCAUCCCAACAUCAAGGUGGAGAUAUGAAACGCGCAGCUGCCCAGCUCAUAGAAAAAUAUUACUUCCAGCUGACUGAUGGAUGCGGUAAUCCAAAUUGUGACAAUCCCAACUGUGCAUCCUCUGGCAAG